CUUAUUCAUCCUGUGACGUGUAUGAGCAGUCGUGUGCGAGGAUUCCAAGCGAGCAGGUCGCUUUGACUUGAUAGAACAAUCACGCUCAACAUAUUGCAUUGGAUUAUAACCUGAGGGUGCCUCACACAACUGCAAACGGUGAUAUUGACACAAACUUUCACGACACUGGUGUUUAACUUUAUCUCGAACGAAAGGAGUAAUCUGGGUAUACCGAUUAAACAUCUAUCAUGGAAUACUGGACGAUAAUCUUAUCGAUAUUAACUGUUGUGCUUGCCAUUUAUUAUUAUUCGUCCCGUAAAAAUUUAAACGUGUUUCAGCAACACGGAAUCCCAUAUUUAAAAACUUCGUUUGUAAAAAGAAUAUGGAAAACUUUCGUGCGUCCAGAAAGUUUCGCUAAACUCAUUCAAGAAACGUACAAUGUGCAUUCCGAAGCUAAAUACAUUGGUGUUUUCGAUCUCUCGAAUCCUGUUAUGGUGAUCCGUGAUGUUGAACUGAUAAAGUUUAUCGCUAUCAAAAAUUUUGACUCGUUUGAGGAUCAUCGUUUCUUCGGCAAUGAAACUCAGGAUCCGCUUUUCGGGACAAAUCUGAUAGCUCUUCGCGGUGACAAGUGGCGCGACUACAGAGCACUUGUGAGUCCCGCUUUUACAGCUAGCAAAAUGAAGAUGAUGUAUCACUUAAUAACCGAGUGUGCUGUGAAUUUUUCCGAGUACCUAAUGGACGUACCAUCGGACAAACGCAUUAUGGAAAUGAAAGACAUAUUCACGAGAUAUGCCAACGACGUGAUCGCCACCUGUGCCUUCGGCAUUAACGUAGAUUCAAUGACAAAUCCAGAGAAUGAAUUUUACGCUUUCGGCAAAAAGGCAACAAAUUUCAAUAUGAUUGCCCUUCUAAAAAUUUUAAUGUAUCAAUACACGCCAAUACUUAUACGCCUAUUAAAUAUUAAGAUAAUAGAUGAUCGUACCAACGCAUUCUUCGUAAAUUUAGUAGACGAGACUAUAAGGACGCGAGACGAAAAGGGUAUUACUCGUCCAGAUGUGAUUCAAUUGCUGAUGGAUAGUAGAAGUAAAAGGGAACCUGGAAAAGAACUGAGCAUUCUGGACAUGACAUCGCAGGCGUUCAUCUUUUUCCUAGCCGGUUUCGAGAGUAGCUCGACAUUAAUGAGUUUCGCGGCACACGAAAUCGCCAUCAAUCCGGAUGUUCAAGAGAAACUGCAAAAUGAGAUAGACCAAGUUUUGGAAGACAUGAAUGGCCAACCAUCUUACGAGGCGAUCAACGGAAUGAAGUAUCUGAAUGCUGUUAUUAACGAGACUCUCAGGAAGUAUCCGGUACAACCGAUGACGGAUAGAUUAUGCGUGAAAGAUUUCGAGUUGCCCGCGACGCUGCCGAAUGCGAAGCCGUUCCUCGUCAAGGAAGGGAUGAUGGUCUGGUUUCCGUUUUACGGGCUUCAACACGAUCCCAAAUACUUUCCAGAACCGGAUAAAUUCAAACCUGAGAGGUUCCUUGAGGAAGGUAAAGAGAAAGAUAACCUUAAUGCUUAUCAUCCAUUUGGAUUAGGCCCGAGAAUGUGCAUCGGCAAUAGGUUUGCGUUACUGGAAACAAGAACUGUGUUUUUUCAUCUUCUGGCUCGUUGUGGUUUCUGGUUAAGCAUUCUACCGAGAGAAAAGCGGCAUCCUACGAUUAUGAACAGAAAUUAA